AUGACCAACAGCACCACUGUGGUGGAGUUUAUUCUCCUGGGGCUCACUGAUGACCACCAGCUAAAGAUUCUCCUCUUUUUGGUUCUCUUACUGAUUCUGCUCUUGAUCCUCACGGGAAACCUUGUGAUUGUUGUGAUCACCUUGGUGGAUCAUCAUCUCCAGACCCCCAUGUACUUCUUCCUCAGGAACUUUGCCUUCCUGGAAGGCUGCUUCACCCUUAUCAUCAUUCCCAACUUCCUCUACAGCCUUACGACAGGGAUCAAAGCCAUUUCUUUUGCCAGCUGUUUCCUUCAGUCGUUCUUCUUUUUCCGCUUUGGCACUUCUGUGUAUUUCCACUUGGCUGUGAUGUCCUUUGACCGCUAUAUGGCCAUUUGCAACCCACUGCAUUAUGGCACCAUCAUGGACAGCAGGGUCUGCCUCCAGCUGGUGCUAGGCUGCUGGCUGGUGAGUUUCCUAUUCUUCUUUCCCAUCACUAUUCUGUUUUCUCAGUUGCCCUUUUGUGGCCCAAAUGUCAUAGACCACUUCUACUGUGAUGCUGCUCCAUUGCUCCAGCUCUCUUGCAUGGACACAGGUUUCAUAGAAAUAAUUAGCUUGAUUAUAGCUGUUAUUACACUGCUUGGGACUUUGACAGUAAAUGUUGUUUCCUAUGGCUGCAUCAUCUCCACCAUCUUGCAGAUCCCAUCUUCCACAGGCAAGAAGAAAGCCUUCUCCACUUGCUCUGCUCACCUCCUGGUGGUUGUGAUCCUGUACGGCAGCUCCAUCUUUAGGUACAUCCGGCCAGCUCAGCGGGGAGGACAAGCUUCUGACAAGGUUAUUUCUUUUUUCUAUGCUGUGGUGACCCAGCUGUUUAACCUGUAUAUCUAUGCCCUGAGGAAUACACAAGUCAAACAGGCCUUGAAGGAUGCUGGUGGCAGGGCAUUUUCGAAGCAUCUGAGAUGUUCCUGA